AUGCCGGUGUACUACACACCCAUCCCUCGGAACCUGCGUCUGGGCCUGGCCUACGCCAGCGGCUCGGUCUUCGGGAACAACAGGACAGGUGACAGCCAGGAGCAGAACGACAACUCAGGUAAUAUCUCGAAUGAAGUUGUCUCACACCUGCCCCUUCAAAUGCUGAUGUACUUCAAUGCCUUCUUCUUCCCUUUCUGGUGGAUUUCUGAAGUAUUCAUGUUGGAGCUAAAGUUUGAUCUGUUGCCAAGAUACUACCAGUGUCUUCUAGUGGCCGGGAUGGUUCUGCUCACAAUAUUCGAGGGCCUAAGGCUUUACCUCGGCUAUGUGGGAAACCUGAAGGAAAAGGUUCCAGAGCUGGCCGGGUUCUGGCUGCUCAGCUUCCUGUUCCAGCUGCCCAUCCUGCUGUUCUUCCUGACGGACGAGGGCAUCCUCAUCCUGCCACUGGAGCGGGCCGUCCACUCCGUCUACCUCGUCUUCGUCCUCUCCGAGCUGCUGGCGGCCUUCCUGGCCCUGCGGACCGUGAGCCGCAAGCUGUCCCUCCAGUUCCACCUCGGCCAGUUCAGGCGCGCCGAGGACCGCCAGCCGCCGUUCGCGACCCCGGUCUUCGGCCCUGCGUACGGGAGGACCGUGCUGCCGGUGACCCCCGCCAAGGACAUCCGGGCUUAACUGUACAUCAGGGUUAAUCUUUCAAAAGGGCAUUUCACAGACGCACGCAGCACCA